UCAGUUCUUUGAAAAAGGCACUGAAAAUAACCCUCAAAUUAACCAAAAUGGAUUCAAUCUUGAAACCAAUUCCAUUAGUAACUUUCAUUCUUUUUCUAACAUUUAUCAAAGCUAGCUCCUUAGACUACUAUUAUACUUCCUUAGUAUACACCAAAUGUGCAAAUCAAACACACGAAGCAACUUCUCACUCACAAGUUCUUUCCUCUCUCUUUCAAGAACUCUCUGCACAAUCUUCUCGUUCCAAGUUCUUUAAAACCACUUCAGGCGACGAAAAGGUUGGCAUCUCCGGUCUGUUUCAAUGCAGAGGUGAUUUGAGCAACAAUGACUGCCAUAACUGUGUUAAUAAAAUUCCUGAAUUAUCAAACAGUACGUGUAAAAAAGCUGUAGCAGCUAGACUUCAGCUUAAUGGAUGCUAUUUUUACUAUGAAACUGAUGGUUUUGGAGACGAAAUUGCAACGACUGAACGUGAAUUGCUACAUGAAAAAUGCAGCGAAAAAAAGGCGGUUAGCGGUGGGUUUUUAGAGGUAAGGGAUGCUGCUUUGUUGGCAAUGGAGAAUGGGGAGAUGAUAAAUGAUAAAGGGUUUUAUGAAAUGGAUUAUGAGUUUGUUCAUGUUAUUGUACAGUGUGAAAAUGAUUAUUUAGGAGGUUGUGAUUGUAUUGAAUGUAUAGGAAAUGCAGUAGAAAUUGUGAAGGAGGAUUGUGGUAGCUCUUUUUCAGGUCAGGUUUAUUUGGAUAAGUGCUUCUUGAGCUACUCUUAUCACCCAGAUGGGAAACAAAGCAAUUUUUAUCCAGGGGAAGAGGAAAAAAAUGGAAAAGAGACAGGAAAAACAGUUGCAAUGGUUUUGGGAGGAGCAGUAGCUUUGCUUGUUGGUUUUAUCUUACUCAAAUUUAAGAAAACUAUCUGCCAAAAAGAUGAUGAUAUAUAGUAAUUUUCUUUACUUUCUCAUUGUAUAAUUAAUUUUAUUGUUCCUUUGGGUUACAUUUUAUGAUAAAGAAGAACAUUUAUUCUUACAUUAGAUUGCUAAUGGUAGUCAGAAAUUCAAGUGACAGGCUUUCUUUCCAUUAACAACUUCAUAGGCAAGUGAUAUGAUAGUAUUAAUAUA